GACUCGAUCAUCAGUCCCAUAUCUAUCACCAUGAGCGUGUACAUAUCCAUCCGGCCUCCCCUACAAAUCCCUGUCCUUGUCGUGGCCGUCGACGUCGCCGGAGUCUUAGUCGGAGCAAGCAGCAACAGUGGUGUCACUAGAUAUCGCAUCAUAUCGGUAGCUAAGAGGAGGAGCUGAGCUGAGCUAGCUGGAGCGAGCUACAAGAUGGACACCAUUGAGGAGUGCAGCGCCGCCGACGAUGGACGGCGGCAGCUGCUGCUGGGGUCGAGGAUACUGGUCGGCGUCCCGAACAACUCCCGGGGGUGCUCCGAGCUGCUGUCAUGGGCGAUCAGGGUCGUCGCGAGGCCCAACGACUCCGUCGUCGCCGUCCAUGUUCUUGGAGGGAGGGGGAGGAAGAACAGGCUGCAGAAGGCGAACGCGUUUGUGAUCUACAUGCUUGGGGAGUUUGUGGAGACAUGUGAGGCUAAACAGGUAAAUUUGGAGGCCAAGGUGAUUUGCAGCUCAAGCAUUUGGAGAGCCCUUACCCAGGAAGCUACAUUGACUGAUGCGAACUUCCUGAUUGUUGGGAGAUCAGGAAAUGCAUAUCGUAGGAACCAUUAUGAGGUUGCAAACUACUGCUACAUGCAUGCUUCAAAAAACUGUUCAGUGAUUGCAGUUGGAAAGGAUGGUCUACCCCAGAGCAGUGCUCGGUUCAAGUCAAGAUCAUUUGAUGACAGUAGCAUGUUCUCAAGCUCAACUUGGAGCAGGAGAUUUCCUCCACUUCAGAAGCUACUCAGAUCAAACUCGGCGCGAAAGCCGGCUCAAUCAGUGGGUGAAGCCACAGAGAACAAGAGCUCACCAAGGGCAGUUCUUGAUGGACCAGAGGGAGGAGGGGAGCACCAUGCCACUGAAGAAUGCUACAGCACAUCCAGCAAUGAGGUGAGCCGGCGUGGCAUCUGGAGGAGGUUAUCUGACAUGAAACUCUGGCUUCCGUUUCUACGGUCCAUCGAUGAUGAGAGCGCCAAAGGCGGCGACAAUUGCUCGACGUAUACUGAAGAUCAGAAGCCUGCCUGGAGGUGCUUCAGCUACCAAGAGAUUUCAGUUGCUACUAGUGACUUCCAUCCAGACAACAUGGCUGGUAGAGGAGGCUAUGCAGAAGUAUACAAGGGCAUCCUAUCUGAUGGACAAUGCGUAGCUGUGAAGAGAUUAGCACAAGGCAAGCCCACUGAACAGAAGGAAAAAGAGUUCCUGACAGAACUAGGGAUCCAGGGACAUGUUUGCCACCCAAACACGGCUUACCUGCUUGGCUGCUGUGUUGAGAAUGGACUCUACUUAGUGUUCGAGUUCUGCGAAAACGGCACACUUGCAUCGGCACUGCACGGGAAGAGUGGGAAGAUCCUUGAGUGGCCUUUGAGGUACAAGAUUGCGGUAGGCGUCGCGAGGGGCUUGCAGUAUCUGCACAUGUUCUGCAGGCACCGGAUCAUCCAUCGCGACAUCAAGGCAUCCAAUGUGCUACUUGGUGAUGAUUUUGAGCCUCAGAUAUCAGACUUUGGAUUAGCAAAGUGGCUCCCCAAGCAGUGGACUCAUCACUCUGUCAUACCUAUAGAAGGCACAUUUGGGUACUUGGCACCAGAGUACUUCAUGCAUGGCAUUGUCGAUGAGAAGACCGACAUAUUCGCAUUCGGAGUUCUUCUGCUGGAGAUUGUCACUGGAAGGAGGCCUAUUGACUGCUCCAAGCUGAGCCUUCUUCAGUGGGCAAAACCUCUUCUUGAAGCUGGACAAGUGACUGAACUUGCAGACCCAAACCUUGGCAACGACUACGACAAGGAUCAGCUGAAGAGGAUGGUCGCGGUCGCGUCACGCUGCAUCAUGCGACCGGCGAUGUGGCGGCCCUCGAUGUCUGAGGUGCUGCAUUUUCUGUCUACUGACGAGUGUCUGAAGGAGCCGGAGAAUUGGAACAUUCCGGAGGAUGAGGUUGACGACAUGGAUGAUUCCCCUAUGUUUUCUGAAUCAUUUUCUCCAUGAAGACAGGCUCUAAUAUUAUUUGGUCUUUGGCAUGGCUUCUCUUCAUGGUGAUGCCAUGUGCUGUCUUAUCUGUUUCUUCUCUUGGUUUUGGAAUAUUAGUGACUCUGGUAUGUAAUCAUGUAAUUUAGAGAGAAGAUUUUGAAGAUAUAUAUUCAGUGCAGGUUCGAGUGUAUCAGUUGAUCAAAUAGAGUACGGACGAACAUAAAUUUUCCUGUAAAUUAUCCAUGAGAAAAGUUGGCGCCGUUGAUCCAAGCAUAUACCAUGUCCACCAGUAAAAUGUUCAUUUGUAAAUUUGUCUCCAAACAAUCACUGAUAAAGUGACAAGUAGAACCACCUUUAUGGGAAUAUUCAUGC